UUUAAUAAAUCGAAAAAAGAAAAAGGAAAAAACGGGGAGAUAUUGGGGUCGGUUAAUGUAGGUGUGAAGCAAACAAAAAGCGCGUUGAAUGGGAAAGCAAAAGCCAAAAGGAGGAAAAAAGAGCAAUGAUUAAGGGAGUGAGAGUAUCAGGACGCUCAUUUGCCAAAUUUGAAAAAGCUUUAUCCAAAAUCCAUCAGCACAGAUCAUGGAACUCAACGUGAAGAUAAUAAUACUACAAUUACUCUCUUUGACGGCCGUUUUGUUCAUCGGCGCAACAGUCAGAGCUGGAGAAGUAGAAUACGUCAGACCUCCACCUCGUAAAGCCUUUCGUUUGCCAUGGGAUCCAAAGCCUUCCUCUCAACCUCAGCAGGUUCACAUCUCAUUAGCUGGGGACAAACACAUAAGGGUGUCAUGGGUCACAACUGAUAAAUCUUCUCCUUCAGUUAUUGAAUAUGGAACAUCCACUGGAAAAUACAGUUUUAAAGCUCAAGGAGAAAGUACCAAGUACAGUUACCUGUUAUAUAGUUCUGGAACGAUACACCAUACUGUGAUUGGACCAUUGCAAGACAACACAGUGUACUUCUACAGAUGUGGCGGAGAAGGUCCGGAGUUCCAGCUCAAAACUCCACCAUCUAAGUUCCCAGUUACUUUUGCUGUGGCAGGAGAUUUGGGCCAGACUGGAUGGACGAAGUCAACUUUAGACCAUAUAGACCAAUGUAAAUAUGAUGUUCAUUUGCUACCUGGUGACCUUUCUUAUGCUGAUUAUAUUCAACAUAGGUGGGACACAUUUGGUCAACUGGUUCAGCCGCUGGCUAGUGCUAGGCCAUGGAUGGUGACUCAAGGGAAUCAUGAAAAAGAAACCAUACCAUUCAUUGUGGAUGAAUUUAUGUCUUACAACUCCAGGUGGAAGAUGCCAUUUGAGGAGAGUGGAUCUACUUCAAAUCUCUACUAUUCAUUUGAUGUUGCAGGGGUUCAUACAAUCAUGCUUGGUUCAUAUACCGACUAUGAUGAGUACUCUGAUCAAUAUAGAUGGCUGAAGGCUGAUCUUCUAAAAGUAAACCGUAAAAAGACUCCUUGGCUGGUUGUGUUAUUCCAUGUGCCAUGGUAUAAUAGUAACGAAGCCCAUCAAGGUGAAGCUGAUGACAUGAUGACAACUAUGGAGCCUUUGCUGUAUGCAGGCGGUGCAGAUAUAGUGUUUGCUGGACAUGUUCAUGCUUAUGAGCGCACGAAACGGGUUUAUAAUGGUAGAUCUGAUCCUUGUGGUGCUGUUCACAUAACAAUUGGCGAUGGAGGAAAUAAAGAAGGUUUAGCGCGCAAGUACAAGCUACCCCAGCCAGAAUGGUCCGUCUUCCGUGAAGCAAGCUUUGGCCAUGGUGAACUUGCGAUAAUUAAUUCAACUCAUGCCUCUUGGAGUUGGCAUAGGAAUGAUGAUGAUGAACCAGUAAGGUCUGAUCAGGUUCAGAUUACCUCGUUGAUUGGUUCAGGAUGCAGCAGCGUUGCAGGCAGUCAUGAACUAAGAAAAGUCCUUGUGGAUCCUUAGCUCUCUCUUUGAAACUGAACUCUUAAACAGGCAUGUAUAUGUAUAGUCAGGUGAUAGUUAUACCUAUUUUUACGCCGUUAUAUCCUGGUCCUUUAUUAUCUUGGACUGCACCUAGUAAGACCUCCAUUGUAACAGUUUAAUCUAUAUGGCUUGUUUUGAAGUAGAUUAGCACUAAAAAUGUUGAGAAGCCAGAGGCUUUGAUGUUGUUAUAAUUUCUGUUGCUGGUUUAAGUUGCAAUUUUUGUGGCUUAGA